GAGCAGUGACCGUCAUCAAACACUACUCAGUCGCCAAACGAGUAGCACUCAGACUGUGGUAUGGUCCUAUAUUGUUGAGUAAGGAGAGGUUAAAAGGAUACAGGUUUAUACCAUGGAUUACGGACCAACCAUCUUUUUGCUCACAGGAGCACUUGUAAGUGUUGCCCAAACUCAUCAGUACCACUUUGUCAGCAUGCCACUGAACUGGACUGAAGCUCAGCACUUCUGUAGAGAGGCCUUCACUGACCUGGCUACCAUAGAAAACACUGCUAAUGUUACUGCUGUUCUCACCACCACAUCAAGUUACUCAGGCAAGGCUUGGAUAGGUCUCUAUGAUGAUUUGUUAAACAGCUGGAGAUGGUCCCUAAAUGACAGCAUCUACGAUGAUCAAGGAGGACAACAGAACUGCACUGUAUUAUUUGGUGGCAGGGGUACAUGGGGAAAUAUGCAUUGCAGCCUCAGACGACCCUUCAUAUGCUACACUGGAAUGGUUGAUGGCACACGUUUGUUUGUCAAGAUUAACAGACAGUUGAAUUGGACCGAAGCUCAGACAUACUGCAGGCUGAACUAUGUCGAUCUAGCCAGUGUACAGAAUGAAUCGGACAAUGCCAUCCUGACAUAUAUUUCCUCUGGGGAGUCGGUGUGGAUCGGUUUCCCCGGGGGAAAACUGUGGUCUGAUGGGAGCACUUCUCUGUUCCGACACUGGGCAUUUGGGGAACCAGACUCUGUUGGAGAAGAAUGUAUAACCACAACACUCCAUGGCUCAGGAGAGUGGUCAGAUGAAGAUUGCUCCCUAAGUUUCCCUUUCAUCUGUCAUUCAACAAUUGCAGACGGCUUCACAUCAGUAGGACAAGAUGAGACCAGUAUUACUCUGUUGUGGAAUACGCUGAACAAUGUCAGUUUUAUUCUCCAGUUUAAUGGUACAGAGAUAAAUAUCACUGCACCAGAUGGAGACGGACCAGUGGCUUACACAGUCUCAUCUCUCACUGCUGGAACUAAGUACACAUUCACUCUCUUCUCUGUGUUUGAGAGCGUCAGAAGCAGUGGAGUAAGCGUCACUGCAGUCACUGCUCCUCCAAACACAGACCGCUUCAGAUCAACAGGACAAGAUGAGACCAGUAUUACUCUGCAGUGGAAUAACGUGAACAACACCAUCAGCUUUGUUCUCCAGUUUAAUGGUGAAGAGAUAAACAUCAAAGCACAAGAGAGAGAAGGACCAGUGACUUACACAGUCUCAAAUCUAACCGCUGGAACUACAUACACAUUCAAUCUCUUCUCUGUAUUUGACAAUGUCAGAAGCAGUGGAGUAAACGUCACUGCAGUCACUGCUACAGGAAAAGGGCCUUAUCACAUUGUUGGACUGAACUUGAAAUUAAAGUCACUUGUUAAGCUGUCAGACUCAGACAUAGAGAGUGCAUUGUUAGAGCUCGUCAGUCUUUAUGGACUGCCACCACAGGUAUUGUCCGUGAAGGUUAAGUAUGUGAAGCCAUGAGACCAGUGGAGGAAAGUCGAGAUGGAGAAUGGUACCAUACCUUUUUCAAUGUGAUUUAGACAAAUUAUAGUCAUUUUAAUUUUUAAAUUAUCGGCAGCCUGUGGCCGAGCGGAAAGGAAUUGGGUUUGUAAAGGUUUAAGAAAUCUACUUUAUUCAGUGUACAUGUGUUAGUGUAUCAUUUUUAAGAUACUUAAGAUCGCAUUCAAGUUUUAUAUUUUAAACUGUUUCCUUUUUACUUUAAAAGAAAUUACUCACCUCGCCUCAUAUUUUUUAUAGACAAAAUAUCCCUGCUUAGAAAGAAGCUAUAGUGUGUGUAUUUCUUCUUAAUGUAUGUGAAUGUUUUGAAUGCACUUUGUUCCGAUCCAGCUGAAAUAAAGGAAAGGUAAUGGGA